CUUUUGAGGGUGAAAGCGAAAACAAGGGCAGUCAUACUAGAGGUUUCCUUUGCAUUACUUUCAGUUGGGUGGAUCCAAAUAAAUUCUGGACUGACAGUCGAUUUACUUGGUUGCUGAUAAUACAUUGCCAUCUUGGUUACAUAUAACUCUGAUACAGGACGGAAGGUCAGAUGACGGAAGAUGGCCGAUACGGAAUUCGAUUCUCCUACUGAUGCUGCUGAGCAGCUGGCGAAAAUAUUAAAGUUCUUAGAACAGGACAGUAUUCAGUUUAAGGACAUCCAGAAAUCUGAGAAAAGAACUACUAAUGAUGAUAAAAACACCGCGCCUUCAAUACCCCAGCCUCAAAUCCCCGUCUUAGAUUUUGAUACUUGGAGAAGGAAUAGAAGUAAUCUAUCUAAAGAAUUCUCGACAUAUGGUAUACAAUCUGGUUUUGUUCCUGGUAGAAGAAAUAUUAUUGGAGGGAACCCCAUCACUCUGGAAACAGCCCUGGAAAUUAGAAAUAUUGUUAAUGGCUCAGCCAUUCAUUCCCUAAGCACUGAAUGGAAGAAAUCCGCAAUCACUUUCUGUUAUCUCGACAGCGCUUUUCCUUAUGGUCUACAGACGCAAAGAGGGUGUGGUAGUAAAAGUGUAUUAUUAUGUAUACAGGCCUUUUUAUUGAAACAUCUUUUAUUCACCACUGGAGACGAGACAAAUCUUUUAGCGACCAGUCCCCUAACACCGAGUGAGUCAGAGAGGAAUAUGGCGCUAGUUCAAGCUCUGGCUGAAAUAUUAUGGACAGCCGGAGAGAAAGAGAGGUGCUGUAUUUGCCUUCAUCUUGCUGACGUCUGUUUUGAUACUGAUUAUCGAUAUAGACCUGAUGCUAUCACAGAAAGGAUAUAUGUCUUUGAAUUCGACCAGUUUGAAAGUGCAAAAUUAUUUUUGAAACGACAUAUAGAUGAGUUUAUGAGAUUAAAUGGUUGUGGAUGUUUGUUGUUUUUAUACAGUUUGGUUUUAUCACGAACAGUACGAAGAAUUAAGGAAGAUAUGGGGACUUGCAAUCAAGCGAAAUUGUUAACAGAUAUGGAAGAUUGUAGUCAGUGUUUAAUCAAUCUUAUUUUGACUGGUCGAGCCGUACAGUAUCUACACAAUGGCGAUAUAUUGUAUGAUAAAUACGGGGAACUUCUGUCCAAUCCUCUAAAUGGAGUGAAAGAAAGAAGUAAAAUGGGAUUUUUAUAUUGGAAUAAAAGAGAAGAAGACGAUCAAAGAACACAGGUUGGAAGUAUGUUAAAGACACCAAAAUAUCCAAUAUGGCUAACAUCAAUCAAUGAUCAGAUUGGUCUUUUGUUUUCUACCAAUAUUGACUUGAUAAGUGACUGGAGAACAGAACAUCGAUUUACAUUGCAGUAUUACACGGGAUUGCCCAGUCACACCAAAACUACAAUUUUAUCUAUUGAUACCCUUCAGUUUAAACGGAGACCACGAACAGCUAGAUUAACUGCUAGAGAAGAAGAAAAGAAGGUGCCAGCUUUAGAACAAUGUAUAAAUACCAAAUGGUAUGGUGCCCAUAUUCACUGGAAUGGAACGCUGCCUUAUAUUUAAAUCAAGAAAGGGGAAAAUAUAUUUGAAACUAAGCCCAAUGUCUACUAACGAAUACUUCGAUAAUUAAGAGAUCUAAAGAACUUGGUAUAAGUUGAUCAAGGAUACCAAUUCUCAUAUUUUAAAGUGACAAUAAGGCACAUAAACAACAACACAACCCUAUAUUCAAUCCAAGGACAAUACUCAAAGUUUCAAUUACGUCAAAAUGAUCAAAUCUUCUAAUUAACAUUUUGACUAUAUUAAUUUCCUACAAUUUGAUUUGCAUUAUGAGUUUCUUAUAUAUGUCUACAUUUGUGUACGAACAAAGACUCUACGUUCCUUAGUUAUGUAUACUUAUAAGCCAAGACACUAAGUUCAUUUAUGUCUACCUUUGUGUACGAGCAAAGACACCAAGUUCCUUAUUGAUGUCUACAUUUAUGUGUGAGCUAAAACACUAAGUUCCUCAGUUAUGUCUAUGUAUGUGUGGUAUUUAAAAUGAUUAUGAUAAAAAUAAA